GAAUGGAACCGUAUGCAACCUUCUGCAUUAUGCCUAAAAUAUGAGCCACCGAACAGCAGCUCAGGUUUUGGGGCUUGCAAUGGCACAGCACAAUUUCACUGCCAAAACAACAGUCUUGUCUUAAACACGGUGAUCUAUGAACAUGAAGGAACGUAUAUGGAAAAGAUUAUUUCUCAAGAUGGUUCGGUUAAAAAGAUAUACAUUACCCUGAAGAUCAUAUCUCCUCCGCUGAUCACAAAUGUAAGCAUCAUUUCAACUCAUUCAACACUCAUAAUAAUGUGUGAGGUCCGUGGAAGAAAUGCUUCAACCAGGUGGCUGAAAGAUGGAGUAGCUUUGCAGAACAUGAACUUGACCUUGAUGGUUCAUGAACCAACUUGGAGGGACUGUGGGAACUACACUUGUCUGGCAACGAGUGAAGGGGGAAGUUCAGAAGCUCAUGUUAACAUUAACGGUGCAAUAUGUAAAAAAGACCCGGACAUUGGACAUGGAAAUGAAAUGUCCAUUACCAUUGGGAUUACGUCAGCUGUGAUUUGUGUGCUUGGUUUGUGCAUCAUUCCUGUCUGCAUCAAACAGUACUUUGCAGGUACCUGCUGCAAUAAAUCACGGACUCCAGAAGACAUAGGAGACACAGGACCAAACGAUGCUGCGAUGGAAGAGCGCCAUGUAUAUGAUGAACUCAACAAUGUACAGCCAAACUCGUCAGAGGCAGUCCAGCUGCCUUAUGUAUACACGGACUUCAUACCAGUAAAACUAUCCAGAAGCCACAGCGAGGAGGCACAAGUGGAGGAUGCCACUGGGUACUCCACCAUUGGGGACGUCCUGGAUCAGGCACAGACACUUCAGGUCCUGGAUCAGGCACGGACGCUUCAGGUCCUGGAUCAGGCACGGACACUUCAGGUUCUGGAUCAGGCACAGACACUUCAGGUCCUGGAUCAGAAACUUCAAAGCACGUGAUAUGUAUGACAGCUGAGUUUCACUGUGAUAGUAGUAUCAUGAACAACGACACAGCACAGGUCAUGCAUAAUAGCUGUUGUGCUGUAACAAACAAACAAACAAACAAACAGAAUUUUUUUUUUUUUUUUUUUAAGAUUUGUUUUUGGGCUUUUUAUGCCUUUAAUU